AUGGAUAAGCAGUCUCGUUUAAAUUAGGAACAGAUUCUAUAAUGUAUCAGGAAUCAUAGAGAUUUGAAUGAAAUCUUGACAAAAUAAAAAGAUCAUAGUUCACAAGAAUUAUUCGAUGACAUUGACAAAGCAACCAUGAACCAAUCUAACGAAAGUAAGUAAAGCUAAGAGAGCAACUCGAAUAGCGAUAAAAUUGAUAGGGCCAUAUAGAUGUUCACAGAACCUAAAGUUAUAUUAUAUGCAAAAUAGGAUAGUUUGUCAUAAGACCAGAUGAUGGAGUAAAUUUCUGAAGUUUUUAAUAAUAAAUCGUUUGACUAAAAAGUGGGUUCGAAUCUAUCCACCGAGAUCUCAAAUGAGCCUUGUUUGUAAUUGGGAUCAUCCAGCUAAUCUUUGUUUACGAGUGGUUCGGAAACUGAACGAAGGAAGAGGAAAACCAUAUCGGAAGAGGAAUCACAUUACUUUGUGGUAAAGAUUGACCGAGUUAUGAAUUAAACAGAUGAGAGAACAACGAUAAUGAUAAAAAACAUUCCUAAUAAAUAUACAGUGCAAAUGCUUUAAGAUUUAAUUGAUCAUAGACACGACAAUUAUUAUGACUUCCUCUAUCUCCCAAUAGACUUUAAGAAUAAGUGCAAUAUGGGGUAUGCAUUCAUCAACUUUGUACAUCCAUAUUACAUAAUUUAAUUUUAUAAAGAUUUCCACGAUAAUGGAUGGCCUCAUUUUAACAGCGAGAAAAUAUGUGAAUUACGAUAUGCCAGAAUUUAGGGACGCUAAGCUUUAGUGUAGCAUUUCCAAUUUUCAAGUGUGAUGAACUAAAAGGUUAUAAGCAAAUCAAUUAUUGUAGGAUAAGAAACUCAAACCAGUAAUAGUGCCUUAAAGUGA